GGUUACGAGUCACGACCCCGACGCGUGUGCUACACACAUACACACACUCUCACUCAAUCCACCUACGAAACGUUGCCUAGCAUGAAUCUCCCCUCGUCGCUGACACCAGCACGGCCCGCGCUGGCGCAUCGAGCCGAAGAAAACAGAAUAAUGCACCACGAGGCCGACGUGGUCAUCAUCGGCGCAGGCAUCUUCGGCUGCGCUGUUGCAUGUGCGCUUGGAAACCAAGGCCGAAGUGUGAUAUUGCUGGAAAGGUCGCUGAAGGAGCCGGAUCGCAUUGUGGGAGAAUUGCUGCAGCCAGGGGGCGUGCAGGCAUUGGAGACGCUGGGUCUCAGAGAUUGCCUGGAAGGCAUUGAUGCGAUCAAGGUCUAUGGCUAUGAUGUGAUCUACUAUGGCGAGGAAGUGCGGAUCGCAUACCCAUACAAUGCAAGAGAUGUGGCAGAAGUGGACGAGAAAACGAGCUUGACAGAUGAAUAUCGAGGGACGAAGAGAAAGCGACCAGAAGGGCGAUCGUUCCACCAUGGGCGCUUCAUCGCGAAACUGCGCGCCAAGGCCAUGUCGAACGCGAACGUCACGGUAGUCGAGGCGACAGCAACGGACCUGAUCAGAGGCGAGUACACGGGACAUAUCCUUGGUGUGGAGGCGACACGGAACGGUCAGGCGGAUUCAUACUUUGGCAAUCUCACCAUCGUGGCAGAUGGGUAUGCGAGCAAGUUCAGGAAGGAAUUUCGAGAAGACACACCUGUAGCCAAGUCGAAGUUCUGGGGUCUCGAACUUAUCGACGCGGACCUUCCCAUGCCCAACCACGGCCAUGUGAUACUUGGAGAUGACGCGCCUGUGCUGCUUUACCAGAUUGGCACGCAUGAGACACGAGCAUUGAUUGAUAUACCUGAGAAUCUUUCCUCUGCCAGCAUCAAGGAAGGCGGCGUCAAAGCACAUCUCAAAAAUGUCGUCCUUCCCUCUCUCCCCAAGCGAGUGCAGCCUUCAUUCAAAGCCGCGAUUGAGAAAGACCGGCUGCGAUCAAUGCCCAAUUCCUGGUUACCACCCACUAUCAACAAAACACCCGGACUACUCAUUCUCGGCGACGCGAUGAACAUGCGACAUCCCUUGACCGGGGGAGGAAUGACGGUAGCCUUCAACGACGUCGUCCUACUCUCCGAACUCCUAUCACCCGACAUUGUACCCGAUCUAGACGAUAGCAAGCUUGUCCUCCAACAAAUGCGCACCUUCCACUGGCGACGGAAAGGUCUGACGAGCGUCAUCAACAUCCUCGCGCAAGCACUAUACUCCCUCUUCGCCGCGAACGAUUCGCAAUUAAAAGCGCUACAGAUGGGCUGCUUUCACUACUUCAAACUCGGCGGAAAUUGCAUCGAUGGCCCCGUCGGACUCCUCGCGGGAAUCAUCCGACAACCGUUUGUCUUGUUCUACCACUUUUUCGCCGUGGCUGUGUACUCGAUCUGGAUCUACAUUUCUCGUGGAAACCCUGUGCUCGUUCCCCUUCGUGCGCUCGCCAGUGUGGGGGUGUUUUGGAAGGCGUGUAUCGUCAUCUUUCCUUAUAUCUUUAGCGAGUUGAGGACUUGAUGAUGAUGAAGAUGAAGAUGAAGAGACAGGGGAGAAGAAGGGAGAAGAAGAUGAAGAAGGAGGAUAAUGAUGAUAAGAAGAUGAAGGGCCUUUUCUUGGGAACGAGCAUCAAGACGUCAACAAGGCAGACCUUUUAUUCUGUAGAUAAUUCAUUUUAUUAAUCAUACUUAAUACCAUGAUGAACUUCAAGGAACAAGAAAGACCCUGCCUGGCAACAACAACGAUAACAUCCCCCAGCCUUCCUGUCUACAAAUCCUUCUUGUGCUCAUCAAACCAUUUGGCUCGCUUGUGUUUGCCAUCAAAAUCUUCCAGUCCUUCAUACAACGGCACAUCCCAGCUCUUGGCGGGAUUGUUAUAGCGGUGAUGAUACGCACCCAAAUCAGCGAGUUUCUUGAGAUCCCGUUUCUUCAAAACACAACGCGUGGCAUUGAAGUUGCUCUCGAUAUGGUCCUUCUUGACAGACUUGGGUAUGACGGACGUUCCUCGAAAGAUGCCGAAUUGCAAUGCCACCUGUGCAGGCGUACAACCACGCUUCGCAGCGAUUUUAUUGACAGUUGUGCUCUUCAGGAGCGGCUCGGGUUUGUCUCCUUCUUUGUAGGUCGGGUUGGUUCCUCCUAGUGGGGAGUAAGCAGUGACGUGUAUGCCACGCUUGGAGUGCCAGUCGAGAAACUCUGUUUGCUGGAGAUAGGGAUGGACCUCAAAUUGGUGGACUUGGGGUGGAGUGGAGGUAUUGUUGAGCAGAUCCUCGAGCUGUGCAGGAGAGAAGUUGGAGACUCCGAUAUGGCGAGUUUUGCCAGCUUUGAGCUGCUCCGACAUGGCUUCCCACGUUUUCAAAUAGUAUAUCUGGUUCUUACCGCCGGCUCCAGAGGAAACGGGCCAAUGCAUGUGAUACAGGUCCAGAUAGUCGAGGCCGAGCUUCGUCAGCGAUACAUCGAGGGCUUCUUUGACGGCUUCCGGUGCAUGAUGAUCAUUCCAUAGUUUCGAAGUGAUCCACAGGUUUUCACGUUUGAGGCCCACUUUCUGGAGACCGUCUGCAAUGCCUUUGCCUACUUCUUCCUCGUUGCCAUAGAUUGCCGCGCAGUCGAUGUGGCGAUACCCGACUUGGAUAGCCCAUGAUACUGCCUCGCUGGUGUUCUUCUCCUUGAGGUUCCAGGUGCCAAAGCCAAGAAGUGGGAUCGCGUCCAAAGUCAAUGGCUCGACUCGGUCGCUAGACGGAGCCAGAGGAACUUGGUGCUCUUGCGCAGCGGCUAUGGCUGCCAAUGGCAGCACGAGUGUGGUGUACCGCAUCUCGAAUUGGUAGAAUCACUGCGAGGGAGAGUAGGUAAGUAGCGAAGUCGAUGUGAG